CGGCGGCCGCGCGCUGAGCCAGCGCCAUGUACCCUGCGUCGAGUGGCCCGUGCCCAGUGCGAUGCGCCACCAACAGUUCUUUCCUCGUCGACAACCUGCUGUCUGGCCGAGUGUCCAGGCCCGUGCCCGUGUCGCCCACCACGACCGCGUUACCCGUCGAGUACUGUUCUUCGCCUUCUCCAAAAACAGCUGUUGACAGUAGUAGGGAUGAAGAGGAGGACUCCAGCACGCCACAGCUUAAGUUUGGUGUGACAGCGAUCUUGGCUGAUAACGGCAAGGAUAACAGCGCGAGGAUGCGAAAUCCACUCUUUUCUGCCGGUGUAAAGCCGGAGCUUCGAGAACUUCUGGAGCAGUUGCAGAGGUCACAAGGAUUUCUGCCACGGUGCUUCGUCAGCGAAAGAUCAAAGUUGGCGCCCUGCAAGGACGACAAGAGUCUACCGCCUUCGCCUUGUCCAACGGGUGCAUCGUGUGGUCAAUUGGGCUGUGGCUUUCCUGGUGUCGCGAAGCCCGUUCCCCGGAGCCUAUUCGAAUCGCCGCUACAAUCGCUCGUCGCGUGUCGGUCUUCCUACCUCACAGAGCCAAUGAGCAGAGAGCCCAGCUGGCAGUUUCUCUGCGAUAAAGGAAAAGGGGCUCAUAUCAGUGGGCAGACAGUGGAUUUCAUUGUGGCACCCUUCCAUUCUUAUCACGGGGCCCAAUUGCAGCGACAUCUGGUUCCAACCCUAGGUCCAGGACUUCAUGGAGACCAUAGCAUGUCCCUUGGGCCACGAGGAGGACCUCAUGGGGGUCUGGGUUUCCCUGUACCAGCCACAUUCCCUUGGGCAGCUACAGCAAGAGGCAAGCCCCGUCGAGGAAUGAUGCGUCGGGCGGUAUUCUCGGAUGCUCAACGGCAGGGCCUCGAAAAGCGCUUCCAGAUACAGAAGUACAUCAGCAAGCCCGAUCGAAAGAAGCUCGCCGAGAAGCUCGGACUCAAGGACUCACAGGUGAAGAUCUGGUUCCAGAACCGCCGCAUGAAGUGGCGCAACUCUAAGGAGCGGGAGCUCCUGUCAAGCGGCGGUUCCCGCGAGCAGACGCUGCCUACCAAGACUAACCCCAAUCCGGACCUCAGUGACGUUGGUAUGGGCAGUGGGCCCCCACGGCCUAUCCACCACCCCGGAAGGCAGCAAGAAGACGACGAGGACCACCUUGACGACAGCGAUGUGGAUGUCGAAGCCGAGGUCAAGGUGCUCUGAGAACGUUUCGUGUGCCCACUCGCUUUCGGGGCUGUUUCUUCUGUGCCUACCUACUGUUCCUAGUCGGACUGUGUGCCACGGACGUGUGUGAACUGAUGGCCUCUUGGUGUGCAAAGAACUUGAAGCUUUUCUGGCAAAGACACGUGGUUGGCAUCUGCGCAGUGCGCGUCACCUCGAAACUGGCUCCGCUCUCGUGGCAUGAACUGGCAAAUAACCUGGUUCUUCUUGGGCGAUUUCAUUUGUUCUAAAGGAAUGUAGUAUUGUAUGUGUCUGUUGAACGCACGUUCUUGCCGGGAUGGCCAAAAGGCAUUGAAUCGUUUGUUUAAUUGCGCGAUGCUAUGUAAGAAAGAAAUGAAGUUUAUCAUCCACAGUGUA